GAUUGGAUUCCAGCCAAAGGAAGGCAGCUGUCUGCCUCAGCCGCUCUGGUGACUCGGUUCGCUCCUUCUUUCGAAUAUAAAUCGGAAUUCACUGCCACUGCCGCUGGGUGUUGUCGGGUGGUAGCUUUGUUCAGGAGUUUUGACUUUUGCCCAAAAGUCUCGCUCCGUCACAUUUGAUCAACGCUCUCGAGUUUAAGGAUUCUUGAGAGCGGUAGUCGUCCCGGAUUGCGAUGGAUAGGUUACAUUGCGAUAUUUGUCGGAGACCGCACCAUGGCCAAAGAUUGCCCUUUCUUUGUGCCGUGGAUGCUAGGAACCAGCUGUACGAGGGUCGACUCCAGAAUGCGCUUGCCUUGAUGGAAAAUGAGGAUCUCGAGCGACAAAUCAACGCCGUAUUAUCGCCGUCGGCGGAUGAGUCGAUGCACCUUCGUGGCUCUCCGAGAGUUAAGAUGGAUAUUUGGAAGUCUGCGGAAGCGGCGGGUAUCGACAGGACGAGCCAGAUCAUUGCCCAAGCUGACCGGCUGAAGGUAGAGGUGGAUGCCGCGCGCAUGGAGAUAGAAGGUCGGAAGGAGAGCAUCGCCCGGAGACGGUCGGAUCUUGAGUCGGUGUCGAAUGGGAUCCCUGCGAGAAGGGCCAGACAGCUGGACGAAGCCGAGAGAGCCAUUCAGAUGACGAGGUAUAAGUGGAAUCGGUGUGCUGGUACCACGGCGGCGACUCGAGCUUUCUUGUGCGAAGAAGCCGCGCGACUCUAUGGACUCCGACAGGUAAAGAAGGGGAACUCCAAGCGGUACGAGAUUGGUGGUGUCGAGAUCGUCGAACUCCACGCCAUGAAUGGUAUGACGCCCGAGGGUAUCUCGACGUCUCUCGCACAUGUUGCGCACAUUCUGAUGUUGGCAUCGCAUUACCUUGCCAUCCGUCUGCCUGCUGAGGUCACGUUGCCCCAUCGUGAUUAUCCGCGGCCGACGAUCUUCUCUGUUGCGUCUUCGUAUCGACAUGGCGAGGCGCUGUUCCCAGGAUCUGGUCUUCCGUAUCAGGUUCCUUCGGAUGCCGGUGCAGGAGAUGACGUGCCUGCUCCUCGUCCGCGGCCGUUGUUCAUCGAUAAGCCACUUUCGACGCUGGCAAAGGAGGAUCCGUCGACAUACGCGCUGUUCCUGGAAGGGGUGGUGCUAUUAUCGUACAAUAUCGCCUGGGCAUGCUGCUCUCAAGGCGUUUCGUUCGGUGACAAAAACUCAUACGAAGACAUCUGCAAUAUGGGGCAGAAUCUCUACCGACUUCUCAUCGGUGAUCAGCUCCAUCGAAAGUCUGUCGAACCGGCGUUCCCUACGCCGUUUAGUCCUUCUGGCGACAUUUCGAAAGACGAUGGUUCUGAUGAUAUUGGAAAGCACAAAACUCAGACAGGUCGGUGGUCCCAUGGCUCAUCGCACUCUUUUUUGGGUAGCGCGGAGGGUACCGAAUUCGUGCGCAGCUUCAAGCUGCUCAACCCCACGAAGCUCGUCGAUCGUAUUAAGAAGAAGCUUUCCAGCGAAGUCCCGAUGCUGGAAUGGGAGAAGAUCGAUGGGAAUGAGGCGCGGGGGGCCGAAGGGGAAUUAGAGAGCAGCAGUCGUCUGCCGGGGACUGGCGGGGGUGUUGCCGAGAGGAGUCGAACCUCUGGCGGGAAUGGGUGGACAAAACUUAAACAGAGACCGGAAUAGGAUCUAACCCGUAGGCAGCGCACAGCUUACACCUCUUUCUUCUAGCCCU